UUGUUUUAGUUUAAAUUCUUAAUAUCAAAAGCUUGAACAAGUAAGAAAAACGAGAGAUUUUUAAAGAUAUUGAAUCAUCUCCACGAAGCGUGAUCUUCAUCCUUUUGAACAACUCUUUAUUCGGCCUAUAUGUUCUAUCGCUUUGCCGCCAUAUGGAAAAAGUACAGCAAAGCCAAAGCUUUGUAAGUCACCUAUGGACGACAUUCUUGAUUGUGAGUUUCGUGAGCGCUUCUGCUCAUUCAUCCUGGGAGACUGUUUUUAGAACUAGAAGCAGGUUUGAUUGGCAAGCAGUUUGGCAUGAAGAGCGUCACCAGCGUUGUUUUCAGGAACUAUUUAGUCACAUGGAGUGGGCUUGUAGGAAGGAUGUCUAUAAACUAGAACGGAUUAAACGGCACAGUACUAUGAUUCAAAGAUCAAUGGGUGAUACCGGAUCAUUUUUGCCAGAAACUCUGGCACAUAGUAUACUAAGAAAUGCUAAGCCAAGCAGAAGCUAUCGAUUCACCAAGCGAGGAAUUAUGUAUGAAUGUUGUCACAGCUCCAUGGGCUGUUCCUGGGAAGAAUAUGCAGAAUAUUGUCCUCUUAACAGAAGAAUACGAAACUAACCGGAAAUCAUCUAAAUGAUAAAUUAAAGUUUAUUGGAGUGGACAAACAAAAGUACGAAACUAUCUAGAUGUUAAUAUUAAUCACUUAUAUAUAUCUUAUUGGGAAAAAAAACAAAAAAAAACUG